CAGCCACACAGCAGCACAGCAGCACCACCAACAAGGAGAGCAUGGCAACACAGAGAUCCACUCUCUGGUCGUGGGCCCUCCUGGUGUCGUGCUUGGUGAGACCAGCGGCGGGCUUCGUAGGCAAUGCCGCCGCCCUUCGGCUGACAACAACAGAGCGUGCUUGUCCCAGAAAAUCCGCACGCUCCCGCGCUGCUGCCGCCGAGAGCAGUAGCAGUGCGCUGCUGUGCGAAAUGCGACGACGACGCGUCGCUGCAGGGGGUGUCGGGGGACUACAAGCUUCGUUUGAGGUGGAGUUGGACCGAGGCUUGGAAAUUGGGAGCGUCCUGGUCGCGGGAGCUGACAACUACGGAAGCAUGACGUUCAAGGCCGUCGCGCUAGUUUACGAGCACGGAGAAGGAGGGCCGUCAAGAGCGGUUUGCGUAGACAAAGGGUUGGACUUCACGAUCGGGGAGAUGUCAACCGGAGACCUCGGACCGCUUUCCAACAACCGUCUUUUUCGGGGCGGCGAUGACGGCGGGGAGGCCGCCAUCAUGAUCCACCCGCACGACAUCAUGGGGUCGAGGCCGUUGGGCGACACGGGCCUGUUCGUGGGAGGCUUCGUGACCGCCUUGGAUCUGGUGGAGGAAAACAAGGCGAAGCCCGGCGACUUCAAGUUUUUCUUCAACCAUCUCUCUUGGCCGGCGGGUGCUCUCCAGGAGCAGGUGGGCAAGGGCCUGUGGAAGGUGGUCCGACUGCCGAACGACGUGCUGCUCGAGACGAAACGAAUGCGUGACAUGGAGCUGUGGGGUCGGAUCGAGUUUGCCCUCCAGAAGAAGGCGGAGCAAUGACGAAAAGCCACCACUAGCGGUGUCGUACAACAAAAUGCGAGAGUCAAACCAUCGGCCGUCAAUCGGGGCGGGGCAUAAGCUCCGGCAAGAUGAUACCAUUUGCUGGCGGAAAGCGGGGCUACCCUCACGUCCAGUUUGUCGUGUGCCGUAUUUUUCGCGCGACGGCGGUUUCCCACCAAGAAGCUUGUUUUUCGGUAUCUUCGGGCUACGGGCAUUCAACAAUGUACAGGAAAUAUAUGUGCGCCUUCUGCAAGCUAAGGGUAACUUUGCCUCGGACGGAAUUUUUUUAUUGAAAGUGACCAUAACCUCCCAGAAAGACUAUUGUACCCGUUCGAGAUAUAACCUCAGUCGAAAGGGAUGUGGUGAAAUAUUUUCAGUAAGUGGAUUGAAACCGAGUGGAGACUUGGCUUAUUUUGAGUUUGUGUAAGCCUAACACUGAGUUAUCAGUGAUGCCAGUUGGUGCUAAGAACAAAGGCAUCUGUAUAGGCGGAUACAUUCUGAACUUUUUGUAGAAUGUGGCCUUCACAGGGAACAUGGCGCAGUGUCGUUUGACAACUUGCUGUUUUAAGAAAGUACUUCGCUGCUG